AUGUCGACAGCAAAACCCCUCCCCCGCGAUCAAUCGCGGCGCCCCCACCCCCACUCCCCCGCGCGGCCCGCGGCUGCCUCCGACGCCGCGGCCGCGAAGCCCGCCAUGCAGCUACGCAAGCUCGUCUUCACCACCAUCGACAGGCUGCAGCUGGAGACGCACGGCCACACCCUCACCGCGUGCGUCCUCUCCGCCCGCAUCGUCCUCGACAAGCCUGCCAGGCAGACCCGCGUCGCCGAGUGCCUUGUCGGUGACCCCAUCGACACCGUCCUCUUCACCGCCCGCAAUAACCAAAGCGCUGGCCAAGGACUGAUGCAGUUAAGGAAGGCGGUCAACCGCCUCUACGAGAACAAGGCCCAACUCAACUCCAUCUCCAUGCACCUUGGCAAGAUCAGGAGUGCCACUGAUCUGAUACUGCGGGAUCUGCAAAAUAACCCUGACAUGUGGCUGCAAGUGGUGCACAUCCUGCUGAACUCCCAGAACCUCAACACCGAGUUCUUUUCCCUUCAAGAUCAGGAAACAACAAAGGUGAAGAUGUGA